CAAUUAGUCGACAAACAGUGCCAGCUGGUCGCGGGUGUGUGAACGCGAUUCUCUCGCGUGCGACAGUCGAUCAGUGCAUCGAAUUAACUCUUGGCGCACACAAAACGAAAGGGAACGUUUCUUGGAACCGAUUCAACCAUUACCACGCCAUGGUUUGGAUAUAAAUCCAGCGAGUCUGGCCUACCGGCCGGUAUCACUCCGUAAUGGAUCAAUUAGUGAUCGGCUGCCUGAGGCGUUUGGUGCUCGUUGGGUGGAAGUUUUUGCUCCGGAUGCUCGGUUGGCUGAGCGUGUCUUACUGGAUACCUACACCGCGACCCAACCCACCCGAUACACUUACCAGCAGCAAAUGGGGUACACAUCGGUACAUCAAAAUUCACGACAUUAAGCUACACUACGUGGAGAAAGGUUCGAGUAGCAAACCGUUGAUGCUGUUCCUACACGGUUUGCCCGAUUUCUGGUACAGCUGGCGCUAUCAGAUGCACGAGUUUUCUCAGGACUUCUGGACGGUGGCGCUCGAUCUGCCCGGCUUCGGUCGCUCAGAACCACCCGUCUACAGCAUCACCUACAAAGUUAACAAUCUGGCACGCAUCAUCUGCUCACUGAUACACGCGCUCGGGAAAUCGGAUUGCGUUCUGGUGGGUAACGGUGCUGGAGCCAUACUUGGCUGGCAUAUCGUGAACCAGUACCCGCAGAAGGUGUCCAAGUACGUGAUGCUCGGUGCACCUUCCGAAGCCGUUCUACAGCAGCUGUACGAGCGUGGCGCUAUUCCACUGGGAGCAUUACUUAAAGCUGGAUUGCUCUCUUGUGAAGGUAAUUUCCAAACGCAUCUAGCACGCGCUGGUGACUACGCGUUGUUUGACGAUCUUCUCGGUGCGAAUUCCAAACCGCAAGAUCUCGAAGCGUACAAGUACACGUUCGGCCAACCGGCCGCACUCGAGAGAGCGUUGACAGCUUUUCGAGAAAACUUUGUCGACUUUUUCCUGGAGGAAUACGAAUUUCGGGUACGCAAAGCGUCCAACACACCGGGACUGUUUCUGUUUGGCGAGAGCUUCUGCUCUGUAGAUCCCGAGGAAUUUGUCCCCUUACUGUUGCGCAUUUACCAUCCGCUGGAGACACGCUUCGUUCCUCGAGUCGGUCAGUUUAUGCAUCAAGAUAAUCCUAAAACCGUGAACAAAUGUAUAUCCGAAUUUGUUAGAGCCCACUCGAAACCACCCAAACGUUCGGCUGUUGAUGCACCGGACAGGCAAAUACUCGUGAAGGAAGUUUGUGACAACUGUUACGGGAGGGAGCACAGCAAAACGGAACCGCACCAUGCUGAGUGUGCCGAAAAUUGUGACGGCCAAGAGCAUAGACAUAUCUUCACUAAAACGAGAGUUCCGAUUAGUUCUUGAAGCGCUCGACACGGUCGAAAAAUACAACAAAAUGGACGUAC